AAUUUCAAAAUGAAUCCGCGCGAGGAAAGGUCGAUCGUCGAGACAGAAGAAGUCAAAUACGUGCCUAAAAAUGUCCACAACAAACCGGACACUUUAUUUUUGUAUUUCACGGUACUAACAGGCACAUCUCUAACGCUCACCGGCAGCUCCGGCUACGCCUGGCCCUCCUCGGUACUCCCCCACCUCCUAUCCAACGACACCCACGCCAAUCCCCUACCCGCACCCAUCACCACCAUCGAAAUAUCCACCAUGACCAGCCUGCCCAUCCUGGUGGGCCUCCUCGGCUGCGCCGCCGCCCCCCGCCUGGCCCUCCACCUCGGCAAAAAACGCCUCCUCCUGCUCGACGGCCUGGCGAUGCUCCUCAGCAUCGUCUGCACGGCCUUCGCCCGCAGCGUCUCCUUCAUGGUGAUCUGCAGGUGUCUGUUCUUCCUCUGCCACACCGGCUCGGUCUCCAUCGUGCCCGUCUACGUGACGGAGCUCUGCGAGAACCACAACAGGGCCAAGUUCAGCUCCCUCGCCGCCGUCUUCAUGCCGGUGGGCCAGCUGAUGAGCUACGUGAUGGGGCCGCAUUUGGGCUACAGGGCGUUCACUUUAGCCUCGGCUGCACCGUUGGUGGUGUUCUUGGGGCUGAUGGGGUUCACCGCGGAGACUCCCGAGUAUUUGCUGGCUUCGGGUAGAAGGAGCGAGUGUUUGGAUGCUUUAAAGAGGCUGAGGGGGAACAAGGAGGCGAAGGAAAUCGCGUUGGAUUUGGAGGAGAUCGAAGGUAGUUUGUUGGAGAAGAAAGCUGGAGUUGGUACCGGUAAAAUUGGUGUGGUGGCGUUGCUGAGGAAUAGAAACGCUAGGUUGGGUAUUGUAUUGGCGUUGGUUCCUGCGAUUUUGCACCAUUGUUGCGGCGAUUCGGCGAUUUCCGCGUUUUUGGGGCCCAUUUUCCAAUCGGCCGGUACCGAUAUAUCCACUGGACUAGCCACUGCUAUAGUCGGAGUAGUUCGAAUAUUCGGCCUGGUGAUUUCUUCGUUUGUAGUAGAAAGAAGAGGAAGGGUAUUCCUGCUGGUGAGCUCCGCUUUGGGCUGCGCUCUAUUCUACAUACUCAUCGGAUUGUAUUUCUAUUUGAAAAAAACCGGCGCUGCGAUCGUGCACGACGUCCAGUGGCUCCCUCUGGUGGGCGUCGUGGGGUACGUGGUGGCGUUUUCGAUGGGUUUGGGACCGCUGCCGAACACCAUCAUGGGGGAGCUGUUUUGCACCGAUCUCAGACCCACGGCGGUGUCCGUUAUUUUGGCCGUGGUGACGGUGUCGUUGUUCGGUUUGAAUUUUUUGUUUCCUUUGAUCACCGAGUACGCCGGGAUGCAUUUCUCCAUGUGGAUGUUCGCUUUCAAUUCGCUGUUUGGGGCCGUUUGCGUCUAUUUGUUUCUGCCGGAGACCGCCGGAAAGAGCAUUGCGGAGAUUCAAAGCGCGUUAGAAAACUAUCGGAUUAAAUUGAAACGCUGAUAGAUGGUUUU